GUUACCGUGUGUUUGACGUUUAACUUUAUAACCACAAAAAUUAUUUUCGUUUAAAUUUUCUACCCGCGUAGACAUGCAACUUGCAUUAAAAUUGCCGUAAACUGUCCCGUUAAUCUAAAAUCGUGUGUUAAACCGGUUGUGCCACGUGUAUAGUGAACUUUUCAGUGAUAAAAAUCAAGUUUGACCGACUCAGGCUAAGCAGUUUCUUUUUUUAAAUCGGCAAAAUGUCUCGAGACAGAACUUCUAGGCGGUUUUACCGUGCGGAGUCGACUCAUGAUCUUCUGUCGUACAUGGACAAGGGGCAGACGGCCUGCGAGGAGAACCGCUGGACCUUCGAGACUGCUUGGGAGGCAGCUAAUAAAGUUGGUGGUAUCUACACUGUGAUCAGAUCCAAGGCAUAUGUCUCUACGGAAGAAAUGGGAGAAAACUAUUGUUUACUUGGUCCAUACAAAGAGCACUGCGCGCGCACAGAGGUGGAGGAGGCAGAUUUCCCUCCCAACUCCCCGCUCACCACGGCCGUCAACGCCAUGAGAAGCCAGGGUUAUAAGCUUCACACGGGAACCUGGCUAGUGGACGGCAACCCGCAGAUCAUUCUGUUCGACAUCGGCUCAGCGGCGUGGCAGAUGGACAGCUACAAGCAGGAGCUGUGGGACACCACGUCCAUCGGCAUCCCACACCUGGACGUCGAGGCUAACGACUCCGUUAUACUGGGCUUCAUGGUGGCGCAGUUCAUUACCGAGUUUCGUAAAGCUGCAGAAAACUAUAGCGAUACCCCGCCGCGCGUCGUGGCGCACUUCCACGAGUGGCAGGCCGGCAUUGGCCUCAUCGUUUUGAGGGUUCGUCACGUGGAUGUAGCGACGGUGUUCACAACGCACGCGACAUUACUGGGCCGAUAUUUGUGCGCUGGCAGCACUGACUUCUACAAUAAUUUGGAUAAGUUCUCAGUGGACGAGGAGGCGGGAAAGAGACAGAUAUACCACCGUUACUGCAUGGAGCGCGCGGCGGCGCAUAUGACGCACGUUUUUACAACUGUUUCGGAUAUUACAGGUUACGAAGCGGAACAUCUGCUCAAAAGAAAGCCGGACUUCAUCACCCCGAAUGGUCUGAACGUCAAGAAGUUCUCAGCACUGCAUGAGUUCCAGAACCUGCACGCACUGGCCAAGGAGAAGAUCAACGAGUUCUCCAGAGGACACUUCUAUGGGCAUUUCAACUUCGAUCUGGACAAGACUCUGUACUUCUUCAUCGCCGGCCGCUACGAGUUUGGCAACAAGGGAGCAGACAUCUUUAUUGAGGCGUUGGCCAGACUGAACCAUUAUUUGAAGUCUUCCGGGUCCGAAAUGACGGUGGUGGCGUUCCUCAUAUUCCCCGCCAAAACCAACAACUUCAACGUGGAGAGUCUCCGAGGCCACGCCGUCACCAAAGCCUUGAGGGAUACCAUCAACGAUAUCCAGCAGACAAUCGGCAAACGGAUGUACGACAUAUGCUUGAGAGGUCAUUUACCAGACGCGUCGGAUUUGCUUCACAAAGACGAGACGGUUCGCCUCAAGCGCUGUAUAUACGCGCUGCAAAGGGACGGGCUACCACCUGUCACCACACACAAUAUUGUAGAUGACUGGAGUGAUCCGGUGUUAAACUCGGUUCGUCGCUGUCAAAUGUUCAACACUGUGAACGAUAAAGUCAAAGUAAUAUUCCAUCCAGAAUUCCUAACCUCAACCAACCCGUUAUUCGGUCUGGAUUACGAGGAAUUCGUCCGCGGCUGCCAUCUUGGAGUGUUCCCGUCAUACUACGAGCCGUGGGGCUACACGCCUGCCGAGUGCACUGUUAUGGGCAUACCCAGUAUUACUACCAAUCUAUCCGGUUUCGGUUGCUUCAUGCAGGACCACAUAGCGGACCCAAUGUCAUACGGCAUAUACGUGGUGGACCGCCGCUACAUCUCGCUAGAGGGUUCCGUGCAGCAACUCGCGCAGUAUAUGUACGACUUUACCAAAUUGACCCGUCGGCAGCGUAUCAUCCAGAGGAACAGAACGGAAAGAUUGUCAGAUCUCAUGGACUGGAGAAAUUUGGGCAUUUAUUACCGGCAAGCGCGCGCUCAAGCGUUAAAGAUUGUAUACCCAGACUACGUGGACCACAUGGACCGUGAGCUGGGCAAACGGUUCAACUACCCGCGACCGAUCUCCGAGCCGCCCAGUCCUACACAUUCUAGAGCGACAACCCCAGCUGCUUCCGUCCACGGCUCGGAAGAUGAAGACGAAGACGAGGUUGAUGAAGAAAAGGAACUCGCAGAACUGAGGAUCACAGACUAACAAUAGGGACAGAUUAAAUAUACGUCACAACUUAAUAAUACUCUGUGGGGAGAUUCAAAUACGGUGGCGUUCCAGGUCACAGAUAAAAUAUAAAUGUUCUGUUAGGGCGGUUUCGCACUCAUCCGAUCUGAUUCCUUGGAAAUACGUUCCGAAGUAGUCCUAGAACUAUUUGUAUCGUAGCUUACGCACUUGAUCCGACUUCAGUCAUCCGUGAGAAUAUCUCGUAUAUGCCUCGGAUUCAAAUUGAACAUAUGAC